AUGGGUCGUCUAUUUCAAUUGCAGGAGAUUUGCCUGAGAGUUAUGGGUCACAGCAUGGAGAGUAGCGAUGAGAGGGCCUUGACCCCUGGCCUAAAGCAUGUUGCGUCUCUGUUGCUUGUUAUCUCGGCGGAAUAUCCAUUGAUGUCGUAUGUCAUCUAUAAUCGGGAUGACAUGGAGCUGAUUACGGCCUGUCUGAGCGUUGCGUUCACCAACCUGCUGACUGUCAUCAAGAUAUCGACGUUUCUUGUCUACAAGCAAAACUUUUGGCAAAUGAUGCACAGCUUCAGGCAAAUGUAUUCGAAAUCCCAACAGAGUCUUGAGGUAGUUGGAUACGGUUACGUGGAGAGGGCCAACAAGUUGGCCGCAUUUCUGGGUAAGGCUUAUUGCAUUUCCUGCGCCGUCACUGGCCUCUACUUUAUGCUGGCCCCCAUUGUCAAGAUCAUCACCAGCAGCUGGCGGGGCGUGGUCUACAUAAGGGAGUUGCCCAUGCCCAUGAAAUUUCCAUUCAACGAUAUCGACAGUCCUGGCUAUGAAUUUGGCUUUAUUUACACGGUUUUUGUCACUAUCGCUGUGGUGCUUUUUGCCUCGGCUGUCGAUGGUCUCUUCAUCUCAUUCGCCAUUAAUCUUCGUGCACAUUUUCAGGCUUUGCAGCAACGUAUUCACGAGUUGACCUUUGACCUGAACCAGGAACAAGCAGUGCAACAACAAAUAACUCAAGUGGUGCAAUAUCACGUUCAACUGCUUAACUUGGGCAAGCAGCUGCGCAUCACAUACACGCCCAUUGUAUUUGGACAGUUCCUUAUAACGUCCAUACAGGUUGGCGUUAUUAUCUAUCAGAUUCUCACGCACAUGGACUCCAUAAUGUCGCUGCUUGUAUAUUUCUCCUUCUUCAGUUCCAUAAUGCUGCAAUUAUUUCUCUAUUGUUAUGGCGGAGAACUCAUCAAAAUCGAGAGCCUGCAGGUUGGCGUUGCUGUCCAGUUGGCCGACUGGAAUUUGGCCACGCCCAAACAGAGACGUUCCUUGGCCUUUAUCAUGCACCGCUCGCAGCGGGAAAUGCUCAUCAAGGCGGGCUUCUAUGAGGCUUCGUUGGCCAAUUUUCUAGCGAUCUUUCGAGCUGCCAUGUCGUUUAUAGCAGUUAUUCAGUCUGUUGAGUAAAUGCCAAUCAGUUAACAUACACGAUUUUCGUCAAAUAAAA